UAAUAGGAUAAGGUGACAUUUCGCACUGCAAAUGCGUGCGCCACGGGGGUCUAGGGUGUAUAAGAGUUGGGUUUAUAUCCGUAUCUUUUGACAAAGAACAAAGGCAUAUGGCCUGUAUUCACAGCCCUUUCCUUCUAUAUGUUUCCACUGUACCUGCCGUGGCCUUAAUGUAGACACUGCAAAUGUGCAUGCAGCACUGCUGCUGUAGAUGAGGACCUUUACGGAUAGAUCGCGCAAGCAUCCAUUCAUCAAUAUAAAAAGGCUCAGUCUGACUCGAUCCUUUCUCUUAUCCAUCCACCACCAUCAGGAUAUUUACAUCCAUAUACACUACACACCUUUCCAUCUACAACCUUUCAAUACUACACAAUGCAAAUUUUUGUCAAGACCUUGACUGGUAAGACAAUUACCCUUGAGGUUGAAUCCUCUGAUACCAUUGACAAUGUUAAGGCCAAGAUUCAAGACAAGGAGGGCAUUCCCCCAGACCAACAACGUCUCAUCUUUGCUGGUAAGCAACUAGAAGACGGUCGUACCUUGGCUGACUACAACAUCCAGAAGGAGUCCACGCUCCAUUUAGUUUUGCGUCUCCGUGGUGGUAUGCAAAUCUUUGUCAAGACAUUGACCGGUAAGACUAUCACCUUGGAAGUUGAGUCUUCUGACACAAUCGACAACGUCAAAGCCAAGAUCCAAGACAAAGAGGGUAUCCCACCAGACCAACAACGUUUGAUCUUUGCCGGUAAGCAAUUGGAAGAUGGACGCACUUUGGCUGAUUACAACAUCCAGAAAGAAUCCACUCUCCACUUGGUUCUCCGUCUACGUGGUGGUAUGCAGAUCUUCGUCAAGACACUAACAGGAAAGACCAUCACAUUGGAAGUCGAAAGCAGCGAUACCAUUGACAAUGUUAAGGCAAAGAUCCAAGACAAAGAAGGUAUUCCUCCAGAUCAACAACGAUUGAUCUUCGCUGGUAAACAACUGGAAGACGGACGCACAUUGGCUGACUACAACAUUCAGAAAGAAUCUACACUCCACUUGGUCUUGCGCCUCCGUGGUGGUAUGCAGAUUUUCGUCAAAACCCUCACUGGUAAGACCAUCACACUGGAAGUUGAGAGCAGCGAUACCAUUGAUAACGUCAAAGCCAAGAUUCAAGACAAAGAAGGUAUCCCUCCAGACCAACAACGUCUCAUUUUCGCCGGUAAACAGUUGGAAGAUGGACGUACAUUGGCCGAUUACAACAUUCAAAAAGAGUCCACUUUGCACUUGGUCUUGCGUCUCCGUGGUGGUAUGCAAAUUUUCGUCAAGACAUUGACAGGAAAGACCAUCACUCUAGAAGUCGAGAGCAGUGACACAAUUGAUAAUGUCAAGGCAAAGAUUCAAGACAAGGAAGGUAUCCCACCAGACCAACAACGUUUGAUCUUUGCCGGAAAGCAACUCGAAGACGGACGUACUUUGGCUGAUUACAACAUUCAAAAGGAAUCCACAUUGCACUUGGUGUUGCGUCUUCGUGGUGGAAACUAG